CUGUCGGCGCCAUUAACCGUUGUCACAUUGUUCAUCGCGCGGGUCGCGGAAUAUAUUUCAGGUUCUUUCAUCACGGCUUUCGUUAAUUGAUUUUAAUCCACAAUCGAAGAUUUAUAGUUACUUAUCUCUACCAUAAUUAUUUAGCAAAAUGCCUGCUCCAGACAUGAACACGAAUGCUAGGAUUUUAAAGUUCAAGUUUCAAGGAAAAUCGGAUGAAGCUCGAAGGAGGAGGACAGAAGUGUCAAUUGAGUUACGGAAAGCUCAUAAGGAUGAUCAAUUGCUUAAGAGGCGUAACAUCAAUCUCGAAGAUAAUGAGCCCCUUAGUCCACCAAGUGAUCAAAAGUCUCCUGUUCUUAACAUGAGCAUUGAUGAAAUCAUUACUGGUAUGAAGUCUUCUGAUGAAGCAGUGCAACUUCAAGCCAUUCAAGCUUGUAGAAAAAUGCUCAGUCGCGAAAGGAAUCCACCCAUUAGUGACAUGAUUGAGAAGGGAGUAGUACCUUUAUGUGUUGAAUUCUUGGAACCUCAUAGAAACACAGUACUGCAGUUUGAAGCUUGCUGGGCAUUGACAAAUAUUUCUUCAGGAACAUCUGAUCAAACACAAGUUGUAAUAAAGUAUGGAGCUAUUCCAAAAUUAAUUGAAUUGUUAAAAUCUCCGUCUACAAGUGUAGCUGAGCAGGCUGUAUGGGCAUUGGGUAACAUUGCUGGUGAUGGGCCAAAUCCAAGAGAUGUAGUACUUAGGGAAGGAUCCUUGCCGCUAUUAAUAGCACUCAUUGGUCCUGAAACUUCUAUGUCUUUUGUACGCAAUAUUGUCUGGACCCUGUCAAACUUGUGCAGAAAUAAAAAUCCAGCGCCACCAUUUGAAAUUGUUAAGGAGGCAUUGCCUCUUCUUAACCGACUUUUGAGUUAUCCUGAUAAAGAUGUCUUAGGUGAUGCAUGCUGGGCACUGUCGUAUUUAACAGAUGGUCCAAAUGAGAGAAUUCAAACAGUAUUAGAGUCAGGCAUAGUUCCAAAGUUGGUUGAAUUACUUGGCUCACCAGAUGUUACUGUUCUUACACCUGCUCUUCGUUGUGUAGGAAACAUUGUGACUGGUAAUGAUGCUCAAACAGAUUCAAUUAUUAGUGCUGGUGGUUUAAAGUAUCUUAGUGCACUGUUGCAACAUAAAAGGGUCAUUAUUGUCAAAGAAGCUGCUUGGACAAUAAGUAAUAUUACAGCAGGUAAUACAGAACAAAUACAGCAUGUAAUUAAUGCUGGUUUAAUUCCACCUUUAAUACACGUGUUGAAUGUGGGAGAUUUCAAAUCUCAAAAAGAAGCAGCAUGGGCUAUUACUAAUUUGACAUCUGGAGGCAAUGUAGCUCAGCUUGCUUACUUAGUUCAACAAGGAGUUCUGACACCGUUCUGUAAUCUCCUUGAUUCAAUGGACAUGAAAUGCAUUCUUGUCGUUCUCGAUGGUUUGACAAAUAUUUUGAAUGCUGCAGAAAAGAUGGGAGAAGUUGAUAAAGUAGCGUUGAUGAUAGAGGAAGUUGGAGGCUUGGAUCGAAUUGAAGCUUUACAAACACACGAGAAUCAACAAGUUUAUCAGAAGGCUGUGGCUAUUAUUGAUGCCUUUUUCUCCGAAGCGGAAGCCGAUCCCAAUGUGGCUCCAGCUAGUAAUGAAAAUGGUCGACUCGAGUUUCAAGCAGCCACUACCGCGCCACAAGGUGGUUUUCAGUUUUAAAUUCAAUUCUAAUUUUUAUUUCUUAGUUUUAGUUGUUUGUAUAUACCAUUACUAUGUUAAUGAAUAUCAGCGUAGAAUAAUUACAAUUUGAAAUUAUCUGAUGUUUAGUUUCAUGUUUAUACAACAGUGCACCUUGUACCUAUUUUAGUAAUUUUUUUCUAUUUUUAUAUCAAAUAAAAAUUGU